CAACCCUCAAACUCCCAGCCACCACCGUCGCCCACCUCCCCCGCCUGCAAAGCUCGAGAACGCCACUUCUCCGCCAUUUAUACGAUUGCGUUUUCCUGAUUUUUCGGUCUGGAGUGAAGGCUUGUUUCGUUGCUCAAGUACAGAGACGGAGAUUCCUUAAAGGAGUUGCUAUGUUAGAAACUAUGAAUUUAAUAUCUCAAAAUGUUGCUCCUAAAGACCGAACUGGUAAGAAGAAAAGGGAGCCUCUUGAUGAGCGUUCACUUCUCGAGGGCAAGGAACAAAAUGAAGAUGUGCAGAUCUCUGAUUUAGACACCACAGGUGGAAGGAAGAGAAAGAAACACCGGAAGGAAUUAGAACCCGAGGAAGUGAGGGAGAUGAAGAGGCUUGAGAACUUCUUGUUUGGCUCCUUGCACUCUCCUAUUGAAUUUGGAAAGGUAGAUGAAAAAACAACUACUGAAGAGGCUGAAAAAGAUUCAGCAGUGUUCUUUGUGGACCGGCAUGCCAAUAGUUCAUUGACUGCUUAUGAAGAUGACAAUCAACUGUCUGAUGGAAGAAGUGAUGAAGAGGAGGCUGAGGAACGGAAACCUGCAUGGAUAGAUGAAGAAGAAGAGAAGACUAGUAUCAACGUAGCUAAAGUAAACAGAUUGAGGAAGUUGAGGAAGGAAGAGGAUGAGAGUGUAAUAUCUGGUUCUGCAUAUGUGGCAAGAUUGAGGGCUCAACAUGUUAAGCUAAAUCCAGGGACGGAAUGGGCGCGAACUGAUUCGCAGAGAGAAAGCUACAUCUCUGAUGAAGAAGAUUCAGGUUCUGAUGAAGAAAAUGGAGCAGCCAACGACUAUGGUUACAAGGAUGCCAAAGUUGGUGAUAUCCUCCGUACAAAUGAAGAACUUGUUGUAAAAAGCAGUGCAAAGUUGUUACCAGGGUUGCUAGAGUAUUCUAGACUGGCUGAUGCAAAUAAAGGGGAGUAUUCAAGUGGUCCGAUAAAUUCUGUUCAGUUCCAUAGGAAUAGCCAGUUGCUUCUUGUUGGAGGAUUGGAUAAAAAACUUCGAUUCUUUCAAAUUGAUGGAAAAGAUAAUACCAAAAUUCAAAGCAUCUUUAUUGAAGAUUGUCCAAUUAAAAAGGCAGCUUUCUCACCUGAUGGAUCUCAAGUUAUUAUAUCAGGUAGAAGAAAAUUCUUCUAUGCCCUUGAUUUGGUUAAGACAACAGUGAAUAAAAUAGGCCCUCUUGAUGGUAGAGAGGAAAGGAGCUUGGAAAGUUUUGAGGUAUCCCCCGACUCUGACAUGAUUGCUUUUAUCGGCAAUGAAGGGUAUAUUUUGCUAGUUUCCCUCAAAACAAAGGAACUGGUUGGAACGCUAAAAAUGAAUGGGACUGUUCGGUCAUUAGCUUUCAGCCACGAUGGACAAAAGUUGCUGAGCUCUGGUGGAGAUGGCCAGAUUUAUCAUUGGGACUUGAGAAGAAGGGCUUGCUUUCAUAAAGGUGUUGAUGAAGGCUGCAUAAACAGUACUGCUCUCUGUACUUCACCAAUUGGAGGUUUGUUUGCAGCUGGUUCAGACAGUGGGAUUGUGAAUAUAUACAACACCGACGACUUUUUAGGUGGGAAAAGAAAACCUGUGAAGACAAUCGAGAAUCUCACUACCAAAGUUGAUUAUAUGAAAUUCAAUAGUGAUGCCCAAAUUCUAGCCAUCGGUUCAACCAUGAAGAAGAACAGUUCAAAACUGAUACACAUCCCAUCCUUCACAGUUUUCUCAAACUGGCCUCCCCCAAAUCAAACCCUGCACUACCCGCGGUGUUUGGAUUUCAGUCCUCACAGUGGUUUCAUGGCCAUGGGAAAUGCCUCUGGAAAAGUCUUACUAUACAAGUUGCAUCACUACCACCAUGCAUAAGGAGCUAAAAUGUUGUCAACAAUGUCACAUUACCUUUCUGGACGAACAAAAGCAGCACCUUUUAUGGAGCUCGAAGUCAGAAAGCAAUUUACUUUAUACCGUUUUUGAAUGCCAAUUUUGCACCAUGAAGUUUUAUUUUGUUGCCCAGGACCAGGAGCACCACCUCCACAAUUAUGUUUAGUGUCUUAUUACACAGGAUUUUGAAACUUUGAUUACUGAUUAGCUUUCAGUUAUUGAUUUUGGAUAGACCUUUCUCCUCCUGCUGUUUACAAAUACAAGUAAUUGAGUUGCUAUUCCAAAACAUUUUUAUGCAGUUAUACCCA